UUGGAAUUCCCCAGAGUUUCUGGAGAAAGCAGCCAAUCAGACCCUGGGGAUCAUGGUGGAGAACGUGACUCCUGCACGAGCACUGGCUGCUCUCAUGGACAGGGGAGCCAAGAGCCGCUACGUCCAGGUGCGGAAGUGUGCGGCCGAACUCCUCCUGUCCUUGAUGGGGAAAAUUGGAGUCACGAAGAUCGCAGGCACACCCAGGGCUGAGACCCUGGCGCAGGUGGCAGGGAAGCUUGCUCAGGACUGUCACAAGGACACAAGGCACUAUGGACAGGAGAUGGUGAAGAUGAUGCUAAGUCACCCAAAAUUUAAAAGGCUUUUGGAGCAAUCUGUUUCUACCCGUGACCUGGAAGAUAUUCUGACAAGAAUUAAGAAGAAAGAGAUGGAAAGCCAGAAGGGUGAAGGCCCAUCUGUCAAGAUGCCGGUGAAGAAGAGCAGCGAUUCCUCGAAGAAGCCCCAGGCCACAUUGCCUUCUAGUAAACGGUACUGAGCACUUUUGUUAGAUGGGACAAAGCACGUGACAAGCUUUACAUGUCCUUCCUCAGGAAAAUCUUUCUGGGGGAGAUGACCCGUGCCAGAGAUGGUUUCCAUUCCCUACAAAUGCUCCAUGAUAAAAAUUGGCUACUUCUGCAUUACACUGAACACAGCUUCUCUGGAGAGGUUUCCACAGAAAUUGGGCAACAAAAAGACACCCAUUGGUUGUGGCUCAGACGAUGCAGUGCACUGGCAAGGGCAGUGUUGUGGAGGCAUGGAGAGGGCUGUGUCUCUGCUGCCGGACUUGGGACAAGUAAAUUCAAUCAGGGUUGGUUGUUUUCAUCAGAGAGGAGUCUUUUUCAGAUUGGUGUUUUGAUGAGAAGUCCCAGUCAGGAAACAAGAUGCCAUUCCCCAAACAAGCAGCUCCCAUGCAAGUUGUUGGGCCUGGCUGAUUCAUGGCUUUCUUACUCUCAAACUGUACCAAGUUUGAGUAGUAAGUAUCAAGGCAAUUCCUAAGCGACAUUGGUCAACAGGUGUCUCAAUGUGGAUGUUUUGUUAUGAUAUUCCUGUCCUUCACACUGUUUGCUUGAUGGACUGCAUGUUUGGUUUAUCUCCCCCUGUGCUGCAGUCCAAAUUUAAGACAGCAAUUUGGUCCUUGCUGUCCUUUCUGCCAGGGGCAGAGCUACUUGUACCUGUUCUCCUGUGAUAACAGAGGAGAGUUCUUUAGCUCUGUCAUGCUCAGUGGUGGCAGAAGAGUGAGCACAUGCCUCAGUAGCAUAGCUAGGAACUUGGAAUGCUCAGGGAAGAGACAGGUUGAUGCAGGAGAAUUGUUCCCUGUGGGUUUGUUAAGCUGUGGAUCCUGUCUCUGGGGAAGCAAACAUAAAGUUAGCAUAGUGCUGGGAUGUCUGCCUUCUGUUUUUAUCUCUGUUACUGAUUUCCUGGAUCCUUCAGAUAUGCCCCUGUUCAUCUGUUCAGAGGCAUCUGAGCUACUGUUACAGAUUGUCAUGCCUGCUGUAGAGACACUUCUCCAGAGUGAUGAGUUUCCUUACUAUAAGACACACAUGUCCCCUAUGAGGA